GAUUGGUUCUCAGGGACGAACCCCAUCUGUCGGUUCGACACAACGUCGAGAGACCGACAGAAAGUGAACUUGGGUGCAGUUCCCACCAACACGGCAGUAUGACAGAUUACAAGUAACAAAGAAUUACAAAAUAAGUGCAGUACUGCAAUAAUGUAUCCCAAUGGUGCCUCAAAGAAAAAAGGCUCGUACAUCUGUUUAACAGCCCGUUAAAUUAAAAUCAUCUGUUCAGUUUCAUGUCAACAUGCUGUUAUGUAGCCAUGAUGGGCAGGUUCACUUUGGUAUUGGGACAGAUGUAGUUUGGGUCUCAAAGUUGUUGCUUCUAUCGAGCAUUAGAGUGAUAAAUAUGGGUUUUAAAUCUGUGAAACUGCUUUUUUGUAUUAUUUGUGUGGUGCAGUCUGCUGUGGAGCAGAGCUCUACAAAAAGGAAAAAUGGGAAAAAAGAUUCGGCAAACAGUGCUGCUAUCGAUGAGCUGAAGAAACAGAUUGAUGAGAUUGUACAGGAUCUGAACCUGAUAAAGGAACAUCAAUCUUUGCAAACAGUUUGCCUGAAAGGUAUCAAGAUCCCAGGCAAAUGUUUUCUAGCUGACCCAAUCAAGAAGACCUUUCACACAGCAAACGAUGACUGCAUUGCAAAAGGUGGAACACUUAGCAGCCCUCUCUCUGGUGAUGAGAAUGACCAGUUGUACGCGUACGUUCGCCAGACCAUCGGUCCAGAAGAGCACAUCUGGUUGGGUAUCAAUGACAUUUUAAAGGAGGGGGAAUGGAUGGACCAAACAAGCUCCACCAUACGCUUCAAGAACUGGGAAUCAGAAAUCACCCAUCAGCCUGAUGGUGGCCGCAGUCAGAACUGUGCCAUUCUGUCCAGCAAUGCAAAUGGCAAGUGGUUCGAUGAGAACUGUCGUGCUGAAAAGGCAUCUGUCUGCCAGUUUAACAUAGUCUGAGCAACUUGUGGAGCAACAUGCUCCAGAAAGAUCAUUUGUCACAACUAAGAAAUGUAUUAUCAGUAUUGGUGCAUGGAACAUAAAGAACACGUAAUCCUUUUUUGCUGCAUAUAUAUUUAUUGUAUAUAUACAGUAUAACAUAUAUAAUAAGGUGAACACCAAAGGAUCAUAGAUGUUUGUUAUGGAAGUUGUCAUUGAUCAGUACUGUUCAUAAUUUAAACGUUUCUUGUAAAAAAAAGGCACACAAGUGUUGGUCAUUGAUGAGCAGCCUGUAGACCAUACAAGUACACAUUUACAUUCAACGCAUCUGAAGUACUCUUCAUCAGUUACACUAUAUGGUUCUGCAUUUUUCUGUAAUUAUGCCCCCAAUAAAAGUUUUUUAUCCUUUU